ACGUUGUGUUUUCAAAAUUUAGUCGCACUCACAACAACGUGGAAAAUAGUUCCGUAAUUUGUGUAAUAUAUUUUCUAGCGCUUUACUCGCAGAACAAAUAAAAAUCAUUUUAAAAAGCAAUGGAGGCGGAAGAGAGUGUGCGUGGAAUAUUGAAGAGUGGAACUGCCACAGUGGUGCAAAGCAAUAUGCUGAAGACAGCUAAAUUUGAUGAGUUAAACGUGUUGGCGACAUUUCAUCCGGCGGACAAGGACUACGGCCAUAUGGUCAUUGAUGAGCCAAAGACGCCAUUUGUAUUCGACUCUGAUUUGGAUCAUGACCUAGACACGGAGACUUUGAUGGAGAAACUGCGCCUGGCCGCACAGUCGGAGACGCCAGCCUUUGGCAUGGACCACGACUCUGAUGAUUCGUCAGAUGAUGAAGACUAUCCCGAGUCGGUGGAGGAGAAGGUGCGUCGCUUGGAGUUCGAACGUCGUCGCAAGCUGCACUACAAGGAGUUCAUGUCCGUGCCGCUGGCACGUCGCCUCAUUGCUGACGAGUUUGGUGAGAUGAACACCUCCGAGGCCGCAGUAGAUGAGGGACUUAACUUAACUGAGAGCUGCUUGCCGGAGGAGUGUCACCAGACAGAAUCCGAAGGGAACACUGAAUCGGGCAGUCCCCUGCCCUCGCAAAUUACAGUUAGAAGCACUAGCAUGGAUUAUACUCCAGUAGUAGUUGUCCCCGAGCCGGGCUUUGCUGAGAAUCACAAGUGCUAUCAUAAGCUCAUGGCCGAGCUGAAUCCUAGUGAAAUACGUUUGUCUCAAGUCUCACGUGCUUCCGAGUAAACGUAAUCAUGUUUAAGUAUGUGUUGUAUUUAUUGUUCAAAUAUAUGUAUGCCUGUCGAUUAAAAUGUAGUUGCUGUGGUUGCAGUUGCUU